CGGCCGCGCCCCCCAGGCCCCGCCCCGAGCCCGGAGAGGUGGAUUCCGGCUGCUGGUGGAGUCGGGCGGCUUGGGCCGCUGUCUGCUCGCGGCGCGCAGAAUUACAAAGCUGCCUGCGGAGAUUUGAGAAAUGGCAGCUAACGGAAGCGCUGGCAUCUUCAGCUCCGCCUCAUUGGCCGUGGAGUACAUAGAUUCGCUUCUGCCUGAGAACCCUCUGCAAGAACCAUUUAAAAAUGCUUGGAACUCUAUGUUAAAUAACUACACAAAGUUCCAGAUUGCAACGUGGGGCUCCCUCAUAGUUCAUGAAGCUGUUUAUUUCUUACUGUGUUUACCUGGAUUUUUAUUUCAAUUUAUACCUUACAUGAAAAAGUACAAGAUCCAAAAGGAUAAACCAGAGUCAUUCGAAGGCCAGUGGAAAUGUUUUAAAGUACUUCUCUUUAAUCAUUUUUGUAUCCAGCUGCCUUUGAUUUGUGGAACCUAUUAUUUUACAGAGUAUUUCAACAUUCCUUAUGAUUGGGAAACAAUGCCAAGAUGGUACGCUCUUUUGGCGAGGUGCUUGGGAUGUGCAGUCAUCGAAGACACCUGGCACUAUUUCUUGCAUCGACUCUUACACCACAAGAGAAUAUAUAAAUACAUUCAUAAAGUUCAUCAUGAGUUUCAGGCUCCAUUUGGAAUGGAAGCUGAAUACGCACAUCCUCUGGAAACCCUCAUCCUUGGGACUGGAUUUUUCAUUGGAAUCUUGCUUUUGUGUGAUCAUGUAGUUCUUCUUUGGGCUUGGGUGACCAUACGUUUGAUAGAAACUAUUGACGUCCACAGCGGGUACGAUAUUCCUCUGAACCCUUUAAAUCUCAUCCCGUUCUAUGCCGGCUCCCGGCAUCAUGACUUCCACCACAUGAACUUCAUUGGAAACUACGCCUCGACGUUUACAUGGUGGGACAGGCUUUUUGGAACAGACUCUCAGUUUAAUGCCUAUAAUGAAAAGAUGAAGAAGAUGCAGAAAAAAACUGAAUAAAUCUCUCUCAGACCUUCCCGAAGACCUGCGUUCUCCUGGAUUGAAAGUAGUAGCUAACAUUGCUUCCGGGGAGCACACAUAAGCAUGCGUCUUGGCUGCUAAGUGAUAAAAAGAACAUUGGGGCUGGGGAUUUAGCUCAGUGGCACAGCGCCUGCCUGGCAAGCGCAAGGUCAUGAGUUCAAUUCCGGGUACCAGAAAAAAAAAAAAAAAAGAAAGAAGAACAUUAACAACCUUUAAUCAUCUUCCUAGUGGGAACUUUUUCUACUUUACAUACAAGUUCUGCGUAUGUAUAAAUAAAUAAAUUUAUAUUUAAGUACGGUUUUCAUGAGGUUAGCCAUGUUGCUAACCUUACUAAGAGGUUUUUAGUAAUGAAAGAAGUAUUAUGUGUCUUUUCCCCUAGUGCUACCAGAGACCUGAAGUUGACAGUGUCUUUAGGCCUGUUAAAUACAUACUGGUCAUUCUUAAUAAUGGGUUGGCCUUACCUUUGAAACGGUCUUUAAAAUUCGCCUGAAAUCAAAAUAUCAUGAAUGGAACCGCAGCAGCUGAUACAGUGAAGUGACCAAAGCCAGCAAAUAAAUCAGCAGCAGCCAUCACCAAGAACUCGUAACUCCUGGCUGGCGCUGGCCAGUUGGGGGUGAUGUUUGGGGAGUGAUUUUUUUAUUGCGGUACACUGUUGUGUCUAUAAAUUGGAACAUUUCUGAUCUGAUGUAGGUGGAAUAUUUUUCAAAUUUUUUAAAAUUCAGCUUUAUUUCUGCUAUUUACCCUUCCAUUUUUGUAUAGUAAGUUUUCUUCUUAAAUCUGUGUCUUGAACCUUCGUGAACUGACUCACUGUAUUUGCACUUUGAGGUGUUGAAAUAAAUGCGAUUUUUGUCUGAC